CACCACCUCCAGCCAGCCAGCCAGCACCAGCAACAUGUCCUACGUCCUCUCCCCCUCCGCGCACUCCACGCUCCUCGCACACGUCGCCGCGCACCCACACGCCUCCGUCUGCGGCCUUCUCCUCUCCUCCCUCUCCUCCUCCUCCUCCUCUUCCUCUUCGGCGCCCGUGCACAUCUCCCGCGCCCUGCCCCUCACGCACACCCACUCCGCCCUCUCGCCCACGCUCGAGGCGGGCCUGGCGCUGGCGCAGGCGCACGCGAGCGAGGAGAAGUGCAGCGUGGUGGGCGUGUACGUGGCGCAUGCCAACGUGGCGAGCUCGCACGUGGACCCGAGGACGGCACGGCUGGCGCGCAGCGCGUGCGGAGAGGGCAGCGAGGCGCUGGUGCUUGUGCUCGACGCCUCGGCUCUCCCUUCGCCCCGCGCGCUGCGCGCCUUCUUGCUCCCCGCUUCCGCCGGCGCCAGCAGCAGCAGCGCAGCAGCAGCAGCAGCACAGGCACAGGCCCUGCCCGCCAGUGCGCUCGACGCAGGCGACGAGGCGCGCAUGCAGCAGCUGCUGCUGCGCAUCCGCGCGGGCGAGAGAGUGCGCGACUGGGACGGUGAGUUUCUUCUUCGGCUCGAGGACCGCGAGGGAAGUGUGAUGUGGAACGCCAGCAAAAGAGGAUGAGAGUGCGGGGGCUAGAGAAGGAGACAGCUUGGGCGGCCGGCUCCGAUUAGGGGGCCCGAAAUGCGCCCUUGGAGUUCGGGUGUGCAUGGCGGAGGGCAAGCUCAGCUACGCCCCAGCGCUCUCCAGUCGCGCGCGCAUCACGCGCGCUUCUCGUAGCGUCUCUCAUUUCUCUCUUGCCUCUUAUCUCUCUCCCCCAUUCUCGAACGUGUGGGGCUUUCGCCCGCGCAUACUGGUGCUGACCUUGCGGCCCCCCCCUUGCCGCCGCCGCCGCCGCCGCCGCGCAGACCACCUCGAGGACACGGCGUAUGACUGGCUGGCGCCCGACGCUGGCGUGCCUGUGGCAUAGGGGCGCGCCGCGCGCGCGAGAGAGCGCAGGGCGAGCGAAAGCAGAGAGAGAGGGGAGA